CACGUGACUAUGACAUAAUCUAUCGACUCCGCCGCCUUCCUCCUCCUCGAGACCUGCGUUCGUCAUCUUCCUCACCGUCUCCGCCUCACUUCUCUCCCAUCUCAUCGCUUCUUCUUCUCUUCUCUCUUCUCCUCCUCCACUGAUCUCCAAAUCCACCCUCAAUGGCCGGUCCUCCUCCCCCGCCCCCUCCGCCUCCUCCCGGCUUCGGCGGUCCCCCUCCUCCUCCCCCUCCUCCCGCCGCAUCUGGUCCUCCGCCCGCUGCCGCCGCCGCUCCCGGCAGAGGCGCCCUGUUAAGUGAGAUCCAGCGCGGAGCAAGACUCAAGAAGGCCGUUACCAACGAUAGAAGUGCUCCCGCUGUCAGCGGUGGUGUCGUUGGCGGUGGCAGCGGCAGCAGCAGCGGCGGUGCUGGCAGAUCCGCCGCCAGCGCUCCUGCUCCUCCAACCGGUGCCGGUGCUGCUGCUCCCGACCCCCCCGCCGUGGGUAAUCCUAUGCUCGCAGGCCUCUUUGCUGGCGGUAUGCCGAAGCUCAAAAGCGCCGGUGGUAUCAAGACUGGAGCCAAAAAUAACGAUUCGUCGUCACCUUCCCCAGCAAUGCCUUCGCAUCGGCCUUCGCACGCAAAAUCUCCAUCAAUCUCCUCGAUAGCACCUCAGAUGCCUUCCUCCAGGCCCUCUGUUCCGUCUGCUGUUCCACCCGCUCCGCCUAUGCCAUCCGGUAGACCCCCGUCUUCUGCUCCUCCCAUCCCAUCCGCUAUACCACCUCCGAUCCCCUCGACCUCGGCACCACCAAUUCCCUCGCUGGCUCCUCCGUCACAACCUUCCCAUCGUCCGCAGAAAUCCUCGAGCUCAAUCACGAACGCGCCUCCGAUCCCUUCAAAUCUGCCGCCGCCACCUCCCAGCGUCCCCUCGGCCGCGCCUCCUCCACCGCCUGCUUUUGCAGCACCACCACCGCCAGCUCCUCCAUCUGCACCUGCCCCUCCUUUGCCGUCUUCUGCGGCACCGGCUGCGCCUUCUUUGCCUUCAUCGGUCCCCCCAGCACCUCCUCUUCCAUCUUCCGGGAUCCCAGCUGCUCCACCUCUUCCAUCUUCCGGUGUCCCAGCUGCCCCUCCUCUUCCAUCUUCAGGCGUACCUCCAGCUCCACCGCCACCACCUCCUUCUUCAUCUACACCCUCCGCUCCAGGAUCGCAAGCUAAAUCCAAUGCGGCGCCUAUCAGAGCCAUGCCUUCUGAUCUCAUGGCUCAGAUCAGAGGUCAUCGCAAAGACAAUUCUGAUGCGUCCGCAUCUUCAUUUGAAGCACCAUCGAUUAGGCCAGCUGCAAAGGCACCAGCUCCGCCAUCCUUCAGCGCUCCCCUACCGCCCCCUCCGCCUUCUGCAGCGGCACCGCCUCUGCCAACAACAAGCGCGCCCCCAAUCCCAUCGUCAGGACCUCCGCCGGCACCACCACUUCCUACUUCGAGUGCACCAAGAGCACCGCAGCUGCCGUCAUCGGGACCUCCUCCUGCGCCACCACUUCCUACAGCUAGCGCACCUAGAGCACCACAGUUUCCAUCGUCGUCUGCCCCGGCACCUCCCACAUUCUCUGCACCUGCACCUCCCACAGGUGCGCCUCCUCCACCUCCUCCAAUCCCAUCCAAUGCACCUCCUCCACCGCCGCCUCCAGCUGCAGCUUCAAAUUCGUACGAGUCUGACGACGAUGAAGGGGGAUUUGACUAUGACGACGAUGAAGAGGAAGAAGCGGCGCCUGAGCCGGUAAAGCCUUUCCACCAGGUCACCAGCAUGCUCCUGCCUGCUGGUCCGCCCCCGCCGCCUCCGCCGCCUACCUCAUCGCAUAGCCAUACACCGUCAUCUGCCUCCUCAUCUUCUCUGGGCCUCCCGCCGCCACCACCUCCUCCUCCGACAUUCUCAUCGGCGUCAGCAUCAAACGGCAGAUCAUCAGGUGGUCUUCCACCUCCACCUCCCCCGCCUUCCAGUGCUCCAUCGGCGCCCUCCGCUCAGUCUGCCUCUACCGCCUCUACUUCCACAGCUUCGCGGACGUCGGGUGUUCGCCGAGGCCCUGGAGCUUACAAGAAUAUCCGCGAUCUGAACGCCGCGUCAUAUACGAUCAGUGGAAGUGGCAAGAAGCUUGAAAUCAACGACAGCAAAUACCGGUGGAAACCUGAGAGCGACUUACCAAAGCCGAGAAAGUUUGAGGGAAAGCAGAAAUUGUAUCCUAGUGGUCGUGGAAGUUCGAUGCCUUUGAACUUUUCGAUUUUUACUUGAUUGUGUGCUCGUGGGUUGUUUCAGUUGUUUCACCUGUACAGAGAUGCAUAAUACUAUAUGUUCAUUCAAUUUGUGUCUCCUUUCCCUCAGCGAAAUGGAACAAGGCUAGUCUAUAUUCCGCUGUGAAUGAUGUUAUCUACGGUAG